GAGAAUGAAGUUUUUUAUUAUGAGAAAAGUAAGAUAUGCAUAUCUUUAAGUCAUUAAUCAGUUUUGAAAUGCAGGGGAAGCCCAGCAGAGUGGCACUGAUCAUGUAUUUUUUCUUCUAUGACCACAGAAUUGGGACUUUGCAGUUUCAGUGACAGAAAGAAGAGGGGCAGAGAGGGAAAAAAGGCAGAAGAACUGUGAGAGACUGCAAAAGAAAAGAUACAUUUCCAGUGGCCAGUUCAUUUUUUCCAUGUAAAGUCAUUCUUAGGCAGGACAUCCAAAUUAGUCAUUCUUCUGUCUGAGGAACAGAUAGAAGAAGUGUGUAGAGUUAAAGAGAAAACAGCUGCAAGGUGGGGGAACUUCGAUGUGAAACACGGUGAGGUAAAGAUGGACAGAAAGAGAGGAGCUGGUUAUUAAGGAGAAAAGGCAGCACCGAAUGUUCCUGAGUGUCUCAAGUAGAAACGUGAGUUAGUUGUAAUCGGAUCUCAGCUGCGGUGAGCUCAUACAGGAGUCCUGCCAGCAGCCUCAGAAAGAGCAGUCCACCCAUAAGUCUUUAGCCCCACUGCAGCCCUCUGUGGCGAUCUGCAGGCCUGCCAGCUUAAAUAGCAUAUAUAAUCUUUUAAGAGUGCUUGUUGGUGCCCUUCCUCUGAAAAGAGAUUAUAACAGAGUAGAAGAGAAGGUGGUGGGGAAAUAUUAACAGUCGCCUGCAGUUACAAAAAUGGACUUCGGGCCAAUUUAGCCCAUAGAUAAAUCUGUGCCUUUGUUUUCCACGAAACGAUUGGUGAUUUUUUUUUUUUUUAAGGAAAGGGUGAAUUACUCAGGGGAGAGAAAAUUAAAAACACAAUCUGUUAGUGUUAAAAAAUUGGGUGUAGAAGAGUGGUUUUCAUGAGACGGUAAAACGUGGUGAAGAAACAUAAUUCCUUUACCAUGAAACCAGAGUUUGUUGACAUAUAAAAAUUCCUUUUCAGGAAGAUCUGAGCUUGCAUAUGAGCGGAGCGCGUGAAUGAGAUGUUUGACUGCAACAUUUAGGGUUUUAUUGAGUUGCAGUGAGAGUUGCACAUACAGAGCAACAUACAGAUUUAACACCCUACUUUUGAAUUACUUUAUUUUCAGUGUUAAUCAGCAUUAAAAACGCUUCACUGACUAGGAUACGGUCACCCUUUCUUAGGUUUCCUUGUUUUAUCGGCACUUUUCUCUUCUCUUGCAGUCACACCUGCUCUGAUGGACUUCAGAUAACGCCCACAGUGGUCCCCGCCUUCCUUAUCCUGACUUUCAGCCUGUCCCAGAGCCUCAAAGUUCAACACGAUGACGGAUCCCACUGGACUGAGCUCUGAGGGGGCAGGGUCAGCCAUGGCAGAUGCCUGUAGUUUGGAGAUAGAGAGGAAGUAUGAUGUCAUCCCUACUGUCAUCUGCUCCAUGUGUUGCCUGUUUGGAAUCAUCUACUGCUUCUUUGGUUACCGGUGUUUCAAAGCUGUCAUGUUCCUGUCUGGCCUGAUGUUUGGCUCGGUCAUCAUUUUCUUGCUGUGCCACAAGGAGCACGUGCUGGACACGCAGCUGAGCGUCGAGGCCAGCGCGGGCAUCGGCCUCGGUAUAGGCCUCCUGUGCGGCCUCGUCACUAUGCUCGUGCGAAGCGUCGGCCUCUUCAUGACGGGCCUGCUGCUCGGCUUCCUCCUGGCUCUCGCCGCCCUGCUGGUCACUCAGCAGUUCUACACACCUACCACACUGUGGGUGCCGCUGGGCACUCUUCUGGGAUCGGGCAUGCUGUUUGCCGUGCUGACACUGCAGUGGCAGAAGAUGUUCACCAUGCUGUCCACCGCUGUGUUUGGGGCGGCCAUCAUGACAGUGUGUACCGAUUACUUUGUGGAGAUGCUGGUUUUGGGAAUGUACGUGUAUGAAUGCCUGCGCCUCACACCCGGACAGGCGCUCUGCUGGUACAGCUGGGUCAUUCUGGGCAUCUGGCCUGCUCUCAGCCUCAUAGGAGUGCUGGUCCAGUGGAAACUGACGGACAACAGCUUCUCACACACAGAGGUUGUCAUCAGUCGGAGACAGAAGAGAGUCCAGCUGAUGCGGAUCCGGGAGAAAGACGCCAAGAAGCGACAGCAGGCAGGUGGGCAGGAAGGCACUUACCGCCGUAAACCCACCCCAGUGAAACGUUACGCUGGGGAUCUACUGGCACCGAGCUACCUGCAAAGUCUGCGGGACAGACAGAUGGGCACCGGCACUUCCCUUAGCAGCGUGGGAACCGCCAACCACACCACGAUCGACUUGGACUACGACACUGGCUCCACGGUGCCCCUCACAGCCACAACGCCAGUCGUCAGGGUCUGAGCAGCACAAACAUAAGAAGGGACUACUUAAUGCACUCUGGUUCUCCAACUGUGUCUUCCUAAUGUAGAGUAGAAGUUAAUAACUGCUCUUCUAUCCAUGGGGUGUUCGUCGCCCUUGAACUGAUUUUCUCCUCAGUGGGUCGCAGGUGUUCAGCAAAACACAGCGCUGCUGGAGAAUGUAAGAGGAUGAGGCUAAAACCACUGCAACUUCUGUGUUUCACAGAGAAACACAAGAAAAACCCCAGACACGAACAAAAAUAAAGGUCGACCAUUUCCACUCUUCACUGAGCACAUAACAGCCCAAUGAGCCUCGAAGACAGAUGUGUUUCUGUUCUGAUAGUGAACAUCACAAAGCAAUGCUUGACAUUACAUGUACUGUACUUCAGAAGUUAGUCAUCGCAAUCAAGUGUCGUGUUAUUACCCAUUUUACCCUUUUCCCGUCCGGUCGUAGGAUUUUUUUUUUUGGGGGGGGGAGGUCUUGUCAUCACAGUAAAUUUUAUUUUGUGUAUUUCUUCAGAUGGAGUAUGAUGAAAAAGUGAAGUAUAGGACCUGGCUGUGUGGAGUAAGACAAAGUGAAGUGAAAACUAAAUGAUGUGAGAGAGGAAAAAACCUUUUGCUGGAACCUUUAGCGGGAUCUUCUAGCAGAACUCUAACAAAUUCUGUGAUCUUUCUGUUUUUGCAAUGUAGCUCCCAUCAGAAUAAAAUGGGCGGUGAUGUAGAGUCCACUUUUCAUAAUUUAAUUUAUAUAAAGUUCAAGUACCGUAGUAGCGCUAAGUAAAAAAAGAAGAAAAAACUAAACAAAAACAAAGCAUGUUUGUUGUUGAUCUGUAGAUUUUUAAAUAAUUAUCCAGACGUUGUUGGGAUCUUUUUUUGCAGUGACUACACACGUGUUGCCCGAAUCUGUAAAUACCUGUUGAUAGAAGUGUCAAAGAUUAAUAAAUGUGUUUAAUAAUAA